UGUUUGAAAUACUUUCGCAAAUUUAUCGCGCUUUUAUUUUAAUUUUUUGUUUAUUUUUAUGGGUGUCAAGGAACUGUGGACUGUCCUUACGCCCCACGCCGAACGCAAGCCCAUCAAUGAGCUGCGGGGCAAGAAGGUGGCCAUCGACUUGGCCGGCUGGGUGUGCGAGUCCCUUAACGUUGUGGAUUACUUUGUGCAUCCGCGGCACCACUUAAAAAACCUGUUCUUUCGCACCUGCUAUCUGAUUUGGGAGAAGGUCACGCCCGUCUUCGUUUUAGAGGGAGUUGCUCCAAAGCUCAAGAGCCAGGUUAUUGCCAAGCGGAAUGAGCUCCAAUUUCGAGGCGUUAAGCCCAAGGAAGCUACCGCAGGAAGCUCCCAAGCUCCGAAGGGUGACAAGGGCCGCACCAGGUUCAAUCAUGUCCUCAAACAGUGCGAAACACUGCUGCUUUCAAUGGGAAUCCAGUGCGUCCAAGGACCUGGCGAAGCGGAGGCUUACUGCGCCUUUCUCAACAAGCAUGGGUUAGUUGACGGCGUCAUUAGCCAGGACUCGGAUUGCUUUGCUUAUGGAGCCGUUCGGGUCUAUCGCAACUUCUCGGUGUCCACCCAAGGAGCUCAGGCAGCAGCCGGAGGUGCUGUGGACAUCUACGAUAUGAGGGAGAUCACAGCCCGUAUGGACUUUGGUCAGCAUAAAAUUAUUGUGAUGGCUUUGCUCUGCGGAUGUGAUUACUGCCCCGAUGGCAUUGGUGGCAUUGGCAAGGAUGGCGUCUUGAAGCUCUUCAACAAGUACAAAGAGACUGAGAUUCUGGACAGGUUGCGAAACUGGCGGCAGGAGACCAACAAAUACAAUGCCCUCGAGAUUCGUGUGGACGACAAGUCUGUGUGCAGCAACUGCGGGCACUUAGGGAAGACCCAGAGCCACACCAGGAGCGGCUGCAGUGUGUGUCGAACCCAUCGAGGUUGCGAUGAAAGCCUUUGGAAAGAACAGCGUUUGUCCAUAAAGGCAGAACUUGCCUUGCGCCGGAAGGCCUUGUUAGCUCCCGAAUUUCCCAACGAAGAGAUCAUUGCUGAGUUCCUCAGCGAGCCGGCCACCAUCCCAAACAUCAACCUCAACUGGCGGCAACCAAAUCUCGUCAAGUUCAUCAAGCAAAUUGGGCAUCUUCUGCAAUGGCCGGAAAUCUACUGCUUCCAAAAGUUCUUCCCCAUUCUAACGCGUUGGCAGGUGCAGCAAUCGACGCGGGAGAAGGCUCUUAUUGAGCCGCUAGAAAUCAUUAAAAAGCGCACCGUCAAGGGCGUGGCCAGCCUGGAGCUGCAAUGGCACGAUCCUAGCGGGAGUUUUAAGGGUCUUAUACCCGACGAACAGCUAUCCGAGUUUGAGCUGGAGCAUCCGAAAGGAAUCGAGGAGCUGUUCUACACCAUCGAACCGUUGGAUAUGAUGGAGCAGGCCUAUCCGGACUUGGUGGCUGCCUUCCUCAAGUCCAAGGAGAAGCCUGCCAAGAAAACAACGAGAAAGAAAAAAACUGCUCCACAAGAAGAUGAUAAGGAGAAUGAGACGGAACAAGGACCGAAGCCGAAACCAAAGCGAGUUGUCCGAAAGAAAAAAUCUACAACCGAACCAGGUCAACCCUUGUUGCAGCAAUUCCUGAGUCGUGGCAAGGAAGGUGGCAAUACUCCCUUCAAGAGUUCAGCUUUACAGGAGCGCCAGCAAUGCUCCACUCCCAUCACCAAGUGCUUGCCCUCCGAUCUGGAAAGUGACUGCGAUGCGGCCGAAUUUGACCUGUCCGACAUUGUCAAUGGCAUCAUAACCAAUCCCAAGACGAGGCCAGAGUUGUUGACGCAGCACCAAGGACACCAGUUGCACUACGAACCGAUGGCGGCAGAUUUGAGUUUGCGGCUGGCCCAGAUGAGCCUUGGCGACGACGAGGAGUCGCAAAAUAAGAGAGAACUUUCUCAAAUGGAGCAACCGCCUCCGCAUAGCAAACGGUUAUCUCUGGAUGACAGCUUUGAUCGAUUGGUAAACGGAAAUGCUAGAAAGGCCUCACACCUCAUCGAGCCAGCUAGGACGCCAGUGGAGCGAUUCAAGCUAAAGCAUCGCCUCAGCGCAAGGAUUCCAAGUCCAGUGAAGCCUUUGGCUAGUGUGAGCUUCUUUUUCAAUCAAAGCUCUGACAAUACAGAUGCCUUCGAGGAGCUGAUGAACUCCAGUCUGUUGAUUCAGAAGAACGAACACGAAGAAGAGGAGGAAGUGGAACAGCAGCAGGAGGAUGAGGAUGAAUAUGAUGAGCUCGUGGUGAUCAGUGAUUAAACAGUUUCCGCGUUAUAUUCACAAUAGAAAACAUUAAAGGGCCAAGCUCUAAGCUCUCACAUUUUUUGGAGGGCGAUGAUCACAACUAGAAA